AUGCAGCUUGUACACAAUAAUGGGGACAUCCCAGAUGUCACAACAUUGAGAGCAUCAAUCCCUGUACCGCUUCCCUUCGACAUGAAUCCAUCUGCGGCAGUGGAUGCGCUGAAGGCCAAGUCCCACCUACAUCGGGAACGCAACCUGCUCCAGUUUCGAAACCAGUUAGCUAAUUGGAAUGCAACUGAACUGAACCAAGUCAAGUCGCAUCUCUUGUCCUCUCUGGUCGCUCCCGAGCAGGCAUGGGAGUUGCCCUAUGGGAUUCUGGGAGGGUGCACGCUAGUGGUCGAACAAAGCAAGAGCAAAGACCAUGAGUUUACUGAAAGCUUGCUCAAGUCCAUCCCUCGUUUUGUCUCUCAUUCCGAAGCUCGCGUACGUGCUGCAUCUUCCUCACUCAUCCGGGCGCUCUCCGCGAAAAUGGGCCUCGUUGUCUGGAAUGUUUUAGGUGAUCGCCUGCUAGCAAACGUUGCCAUGAACAUCCAGCUGGACGAAGAUCAAAGACUGCAAGAGGCGGCCCGACUCGCAGGCCGCGAUCUCGACGAUAAUGCCGCCAAUGCAAAGCUCCACGGCCUGCGCAUGGUUCACGAGACGGAGGGGUGGCGCGGACUGGAAACCUCAAUGCUCGCUCUUGCUGACCUUGUCGACGGCUGUGGUGGUUACAUUUUAGCCCCUGCUGCUGGGGAGCGGGGACUCGAACAAGUUAACGGACUCAUUCCGCUUUUCGAUUCCAUACAAAAGGGAAAGGAUCACCCGAAUCGUUUUGUUCGCGAGGCCGGGCUCAAACUUCUCACCAGCACGUCACGUGCGACCGGUAAUGAGGGCAUGAGGACUAAAGAAGAUGGAAGCAGGGUCUUAGCUCUAAUUGUUGCAUUGUGUAAGCCAGUCAUUCUGGAGGGGCUACAGGACAACUGGAGCCAGGUGCGAUUUGCUGCCACGAAGGCUGUCCGAGCGAUUCUGGAGGGUUUUCCCCUUGAACAGCGUCGCAGUCUAUACACUGGGCUGCUUCCUCGUAUGUGCCUGAACCGCCACUAUGUUGCUGAAGGCGUCCGCAACCUCAGCCAGGACACCUGGCGCGAGGUCAUCGGUUCUGACGGGAAAGCGUAUUUGUCCUUGCAUCUGGACGAAACAGUCGCAUACUACGAGACGCAAUGUGAAGCAGACAAUCACGCCGUGCGAGAGGCUGCCGCUCAGAGUCUGGGCGAGCUUUGCGCGAAAUUGGAGCGGGGUACCGUAGAGCCUUUCGUCGUGCGCGUUAUGAACGCUUUGAUCGGAUGUUUCAAAGACGAGUCUUGGCCUGUGCGUGAUCACGCGUGCCGGGCGCUAGGCGAUGUUGUUUCGAUGUUCCCAGACGCGGCCGAGAAGAGUGGAAAGCUUGACGACGUGCGCAAACUUUUCGAACAACAUCUCGCGGACAAUAUCGGCUCCGUGAGGGCCAACUGCGCGGAGACGUACGCACAAGUCUGCAAGGCGUUCGAGCCGGACCAUGCGCUUUUCGGGUGCAAACGAGCAUUAGGGAUUGCAUCGGAUCUAAUGGCGAGAUUGCGAUCUCAACCGGAGCAAUUGUUCGGUUCUCACGAGGAUAGCCUGGCGCGCGAUCGGGAUACCAAGUACGGUGCGGCGAGCAAACUGGCACGUGACAACGACGCCUCGCUGCAUACGGACCAGAUAACAUACAGUUGCGGAAGCCUGGCACCGAAGUUAAGACGUGGAGGUGGCUGUAUGGACCAUGGAUUUGCACGAGAGAAGCGGCCUUGGGAAGAGGCGGAUGGCGGAAUGAGACUAUGGAGUAGACUUGCAAGGGAUGUGGCAGAGAAUGCAUGGGAUGCGGGACUUGUAGAUGAAGUGUUGGAAUUGGGAGCCUUCGGGAUGGAGUUGCAGUUUGCACAAGAGACGAAGGUUAGGCAGGGGUGGUUCGAGUGCUUUGGAGAGGCGGUAACCGGUUUAAAGCGCGGGGAAUUGAGCAAAGAACUUAUCGCUAGGGUUGUGAGGAUAGUUGAGAGGGGCAGGGAGAUGGAGAAUGAGCGGGUUAGUGCGGCAGCUGCGGGAUGUGCAAGGGCUGUGCGUCGGGUAUGUGGACUUCGAAUGUAUGCAGAGAUUGAAAGAGAGGUUUCACACAAGACUUAGCCCCUCCGUCUGCAACCUUGAGAUGAGCGACAAUGCUUUGCUGUCCAAUGCACGUAGGAGCCGGACAAAAUGGGUAUUGACAUUGGCAAGGUAAGCUGAGUCCUGUUGAUGAUGUAUGUGUCGCAGUUGUACACUUGCGUGUAAAUAGGGGGCCUUCUAAAUUCAGAAAGGCAUUGUACUUCGGAUUGUGCCUUGGCAAGUACGUCAUGUCUUUCUCUUAGACCCAAGCAAUCGCGAUCUUGACAUGACAAGGUAAUAGCAGGUAGUAGCGACCGAGAUAAUGGGCAUGCUUGAUUCGUGAAGAACUUGAAUGUCGAAGCACGAAACGAAACAUAUUUGGCUGCCGGUAAUGAAAGCUAAAAAGUACCUUGAGUCCCUAGCUGGCAGCGUCGGCUAUUUUCCCUU